AGUCUUAUAGGUGCUACUGGAUUCUUGUUCUUUUCUACUGCUACAAGACAGACUACCCAUCUUGAAGAGUCAAAAUGUCACUUGGUCUUUCCUAAAUUCCGGAAGAGUCGAUGGGCGCACGGUGGAAGGCGUGCCCAGCAUCGGUCCGUGACGCUUUAGCUGUGUGGAAAGGAGAGGUGUGUUGUUAUGAGGGAUGCUCCCUAAGAAACCCGUCUCUGACCUUGGAGCACAAAUGGACAGAGAGGGCAGAAAUCGAGCGUCUUAUGCGAGCAUAGUUGUCGUGCUCUUCCUGCUCCGACCUUUUGCCUUCUGGGGGGUAACUGUGGAGGCGAAACCUCUGCUUGGCACUAGUAGUUGUAGAGAUUGUGGAAAUCCGAACGUUGUGAUGGUGAUGUGCGAUUCCUUUGAUGGAAGGUUGACAUUUCACCCAGAAAAUGAGACAGUAGCCUUGCCUUUCAUAAAUCUCAUGAAGAGAGAUGGCAGUCUCUUUCUUAAUGCCUACACCAAUUCUCCAAUAUGUUGUCCUUCUCGUGCAGCUAUGUGGAGUGGACUCUUCAGUCACUUAACCGAGUCCUGGAAUAACUUCAAGGGCUUAGAUCCAAAUUACACAACAUGGGUGGACCUCAUGGAAAAGCAUGGCUACUAUACACAGAAAUAUGGAAAAACAGAUUAUACUUCAGGGCAUCACUCUCUAAGUAAUCGUGUAGAAGCUUGGACCCGAAAUGUUGACUUUUUGCUUCAGCAAGAAGGCAGGCCUGUGGCAGAACUCACAGGUGACAAGAAAUAUGUGAGGGUUAUGAAGAAAGACUGGGAGAUCACUGAUAAAGCAGCAACUUGGAUAAGGAACAAGGCAACUAAUUUGACACAACCUUUUGUUCUUUAUUUGGGAUUAAAUUUACCUCACCCAUAUCCAUCACCCUCUUCGGGAGAAAAUUAUGGAUCGUCCACAUUUCUGACAUCUCCAUAUUGGCUUGAAAGGGUAAUAUAUAAAGCCAUCAGGAUUCCAAAAUGGUCUCCACUUUCAGAGAUGCACCCAGUAGAUUAUUAUUCUUCUUACACCAAAAACUGCACUGGGAAAUUUACACAGAAAGAAAUUAGAGAUAUCCGAGCACAUUAUUAUGCCAUGUGUGCAGAGACUGAUGCCAUGCUUGGUGAGAUAAUUUCUGCUCUGUGUGAAACUGGACUACUCAAAAGAACUCUUGUCAUAUUUACUGCAGAUCAUGGAGAACUUGCUAUGGAGCAUAGACAGUUUUAUAAAAUGAGCAUGUAUGAAGCAAGUUCUCAUAUUCCUCUCCUAAUAAUGGGGCCAACCAUUAAGUCUCAACUCGUAUCCAGUGUGGUGUCACUUGUGGAUAUCUAUCCUACUAUGCUUGAUGUCGCUAGAAUACCCAUACCUAAAAACCUCAGUGGCCAUUCACUGUUGCCUUUGAUAUCGGAAAAGGCAGAAAAUAAAUUUCCAUCCAGAAAUCAACAUCCUGCUUGCGUUCUAAGUGAAUUUCAUGGCUGCAAUGUGAAUUCUUCAACCUACAUGCUGCGAACUGGCAAAUGGAAAUACAUAGCUUACUCAGAUGGUCAUUCAGUAUCUCCUCAGCUAUUUGAUCUCUCUGCUGAUCCAGAUGAACUGAUAAAUGUAGCAACAAUGUUUCCAAGAAUAGCCCAAUCUUUAAAUAAAAAGCUCCAUUCUAUCAUUGACUAUCCAAAAGUCUCAGCCCUUGUUGAACAAUACAACAAGCAGCAGUUUAUCAAUUGGAAACAAAGCGCAGGACAAAAUUAUUCAGAUAUAUUAGCUAACCUCCGGUGGCAUCAGGACUGGAAGAAGCAUCCAAAGAAGUAUGAGCAUGUGAUUAACAAGUGGAUUAAAGGGAAUACUACUGUAUGAAAUGGAUGUAUGAAUUGAGUGCUGAUUAUUCCUAAUAAUCUGCUUCUGAAUAGUAGAGCAAAUGUUAAAAUGUAAUGACAUAAGAUCAUUUUUUCAUACUGAGAUUGAGAGUAGGAACAGUACUUCCAUUUCCUGACAUAAAUUUACUCUGAUGACUGCAGCUGUGAUAAAAUUAUGUUAACUGACUAAUCUAACCUGUUUUACGCAAGGUUUACUAACCAGUUCAAUUCCUGGUUAAGAGGAAACUGUGGACAACAUUAGCCAUACUUAACACUGGUGUUAAUAACAUCUCAGGAGACUUUAUAGGUAUCAAUUCCUGGCUUUUAGGGAAAGCAGCCUCAUUUAAUGAACAUUUUAAAAGGAGACUAUAUCUCUCUCAGGAAUGAGUUCCAGGGAAAGCUGGCUAAAGCAAUUUUCAGAAGAAGCUCACACAUGUAUACUGUGGGAUUCGUGAGUUCGUGGAAAGGCCAAAGAGUUAUCCUCCAGAAUAAAAGCUUGGCCGAUAAUUAUUCUUUGUACCCAGGAACUGAUAACUGAAACAUUACACCUGAAUGAGCCCUGCAAAUGGUGUGUUCUACCUGUAAAUGGCUUCAAGCCUCUUUACCUAACGAUUCUGUCCAAGGAAGUUAAUAAA